GGAAGACGGAAGCGAUCUGAAGACGGCUCCCUCGUAGCUCGUUUUCUCCUCCGGGGUUGCCAUGGCGUCAAGGUUACUCCGGGUAUGCGGUGCCCUCCGAGGCCUCAGCGCGGGCCGAAGUUCCCUCCGUCUCGGGCCGUUGCACCUGACGGGGGCGUCUCGCUCCAUGGGCGCUGGAGGUAUCCCCACUGAUGAAGAACAGGCUACAGGAUUGGAGAGGAAAGUCAUGAAGGCUUUGGAGAAGGGGCUGGAUCCCUACAGCAUGUUCCCGCCCAAAAAGUAUGCUGGGACAAAGGAGGACCCCAACAUAGUCCCUUCAGUCACGGACAAGAGGAUUGUAGGCUGUAUUUGUGAGCCAGACAACAGCGCUAUCAUCUGGUUCUGGCUGCACAAGGGAGACGCCCAGCGCUGUCCUUCCUGUGGGUCCCAUUACAAGCUGGUUGCCCACCAAGUGCCGUGAUUUGGCUCUGAAGUUUGAUGAGUUCUCUAUUUAUGGUUUCUGGGAUCUAAGCCUGAGCUGAGCAGCUGUUUAGGUCAUGAUGUACCACAAUCCUUGCAACCCAAUAAAGUCUUUUGACUCCUUC